AUGUGGCUGUACCUGGCGGCCCUCGUGGGCCUGUCCUACCUCCUGGGCUUGUACCUCCGAGACAAGUACAUUUUCAUCACGGGCUGCGACUCAGGCUUCGGGAACCUGCUGGCCAGGCAGCUGGACCUGCGAGGCUUGAGGGUGCUGGCCGCGUGUCUGACGGAGGAGGGGGCCCAGCAGCUGAGAGGCCAGACGUCAGACAGGCUGGAGACGGUGAUCCUGGACGUCACCAAGACAGAGAGCAUCUCUGCGGCCGCCCAGUGGGUGAAGGAGCGUGUGAGGGACAGAGUCGGUAAACUUCUUUGUCGUGUUUGUCCCCAAGGCCUCCCAAGUCCUUGCCCCUCUGCCUGUCUGCCUUGCAGGAGGGAGCUCUCCUACUUUGGAGUGAAGGUAGCUAUGAUCGAGCCUGGUUACUUCAACACUGAUGUCACCAACCCUGAGAAGAUUUCUAGGGCUACCCAGGAGGCAUGGGACCGGCUCAGCCCUGAGGUGAAGGAGCUCUAUGGGGAGAAGUUCCUGGCAUCUGUCAAGAAAUCAGUUGAAAAGCUGAAGCUAACAUGUUGCAACAAUCUGCACUUGGUGACGAACUGCAUGGAACAUGCCCUGACAGCCUGCCACCCCCGCACCCGAUACUCCCCAGGCUGGGAUGCUAAGCUCUUCUACAUCCCCAUGAGCUACAUGCCCACCUUGCUGGUGGACGCCAUGAUCUAUUGGAGUUCUCCGAGACCCGAUAAGGCUCUGUAACCCAAGCCUGGGGUGCAUGGUAGGAGGGAGUUGUGUCCUAUGUGAGGGUGGGGAUGCCUCAGGGGGGAGAGAGAGGUGGAAAGAGGGGGAUCUCAUGUCACCAAAGACACCCAUCUCACCUUCCUCCCCACCUCCUCCUCAGGCUUUCCUGGGAUAUGACUCAGGAUUCUGGAGAUAUCAGGAGGAAAGAACCAAGUUUCAUGGCUGAGGAACAGGGACCCAAUAGCACACACACAUGCCCUGUUCCUUGAAUGGCUUCUAAAGGCUCUGAGCUUUUUUGGCACUCCUGCCACCUUGAGGAAUCCAUACUCUUGGCAGAGUGUCAGCAGCAGGGAGGUCUCAGCCCCCACCUGCUCUACCUCUGUCCCCCUACUCAGGGUGUCCCCCUCCCACAGGAUGGACAUAGCCUGGGGGAGUUAAUGCCCCUCUCCACUGAAGAUACCUAAUGCCAGAACAGAUGUGAAUGGGGACGACCAGCCAGACCCAUUAGCCUGAGGAGCCAACUCACAGACCUUGGUUAAAAGGACAUGUCUAUAAUCAGACACAGAGGACACAGAAACCAGCUACUGGGGCGCCUGGGUGGCUCAAUCGGUUAAGCGUCUGCCUUCAGCUCAGGUCAUGAUCUCAGGGUCCUGGGAUCAAGCCCCUGUGU